CACUUUCGAUUUAAAGUAGGUUAGAUCGGCUUAAGUUACGGUAGCAUUGCCUCUGGCUCUGUAGCGACUCUGACCGGGAUGUCCUAGUGUUCGGAUCCCGAGGGGGACCAUGGCGAAUUUUCGGCACUAGCCAUAUUACUAGAAUUCUAGCGGCGAGUUGCUCUGAUCGGUAGUUUUCCGUGGUUUCCUCGAUCAAUACCAGGUGAAUGUCGUAGCAGGGCCGCGGAUCACGAUAGGGUCACGGACUGCACACGUACUUUCCUUCUUCUAUCGUACUUUGAGAGGGAUACACUUAAAUUUUCGCACAUGCUGUGAGCUUAGAACUUGUCCCGGCUAAGGUGGUGACCUCUGGGGAAUAAACCUGGACACACCAUCGUGGCUGAUUAUUGCAGGUGCAGCUGGGCAUCUGGGCCAAAUAUAAACGCUCAACGAUGGUUAGAUGCCUUCUCAGAACCUCAUGCUGCUAUAUACACUUUUAGUCAUUGCAUGGCAUUGGCUGAUUUAAAUGGUGACAAUGAUUAUAAGUUAAUUGUUGCUGACUUAGGCACUGGUACUAUGAAUAUAAAAUUAAAGGUUUAUAAAGGAACAUCUCUUUUCACUGAAAGUACUCUCAUUGAUGUUCCCACUGGUGUAGUGUCAUUUCAUAUGGAUGUUAGUGAACCUAGGAUUCCAGCUGUUGCUGUGGCAUCAGGCCCAAAUAUUUAUAUUUAUAAAAACAUGAGGCCUUAUUUCAAAUUUUCCUUGCCAACAUUGGAAGUGAAUGCUUUGGAAAGAGAUUUGUGGCUUCAGAUGAGAGAUAAAUGUAUGGAAGUAGACACAUUUUUUGAACUAAUUCAAAAUCUACGACAGGAAAUUGGGUUCACUCACCUGACACCUAGAUCACAGCAACUUUUACUUCUAGAGCAUGAGAAAUGGAAGAGUUUUGUUGAAACACAUGUAACUACCCCACUUAAGAAGCAGACUGUGAUUACCAGCAUUACUACGCUAAAUAAAAAUAUGGCGGAAGAAGAUGCAGUUGCAUGCUUAGUGGUUGGUACUGAGAAUGGUGGAAUAUACGUUCUUGAUCCAGAAGCAUUUACCGUCUUAGAAAGUUUGUCGUUGAGUGGCUGCAGCAGUAGCAACAACACCGUACCCGUUCAUCUGGUGGCGACUGGACUAUUUGACGUUGAAUACCGCAUUUUAGCUGCUUGUCGCGAUGGCACGAUUUGUUUGUUACGGCGAGGAUUUCAAGAAGCGAAGGUGUUGGUGCAGUUAAGCACACAAGUUGUGGCAAUGGUUGUAAUUCUUGAAAACAAUAAUAUUGUCACUGCUCUAAUGGAUAGGACAAUCCAAUGUUUUACUAGAAAGGGUAAGAAGCAUUGGGAGAUCAAAUCCCCCAAGAAUGUGACAACAAUGGGAGUUGUGCCUUUGCAUCAUCUUAGCCUCACAUUACUUGCAGUGGCAAUGACUGGCGGCACUGUGCAACUGUAUGAAGGCCGUCAGUUAGUAGAUGUUGUGACUGUACCUGAUACUGUGUCUGCUCUUCGAUUUGGUCAUUUUGGUCAAGAAGAGAACACCUUGAUAUUGAUAACAGUAGGUGGGUCAUUAUAUGUGAAGAUUCUUAAAAGGACUGCCCAUUUUACUCCACAAAAUGACAGUAUUGGAUUAGUUCCAGCUCAACAGAUUAAAAUGGCAAUUCCAAAAAAAACUAAACUUUUUGUUGAACAUACAAUGAGAGAAAGAGAAAAUGCUGUUGCAAUGCAUCAAACCUUUCAGCAUGAUUUGUUUCGGCUAAGAUUGAAUACUGCCCGUGCAUGUGUUAGAGCACUCGAAAGUUGUAAUAAUCCGAUCAGUACCAGUACAGUAGAUCCUUUGAAAAUGACAGCGCAAGUGUUGGGUUUGGGCCCUAAAUUUAAAUUGUACCUUACAUUGGAAAACAUGUCUGUUUCAUCUACUUCAAAAGAUUUAGCUAUUUCAUUUCACUGUGAUGAUAAGAUUUACAGUGUUGAAAAACCUUUCAUUUAUAUUCCUGUUCUCACUCCUGGUUUAACUUACCAAUUUGAAACAGGAGUGGAGUGUGUCUCAGAACUUGGCAUUUCUGAUCAAAUACGCAUUUUUAUUGUGAAAUUAGAUCAGUCAGAACCACUCUUGGCUGUUAUGGUGGCAAUGCCAGCUUGUGACACACUAACAAAUGUUUAACAUUACAAACUUCACUCUACUGCAGUUGUACUCAAAACGCUCGGUAAAUAAUGUGUUAUGUUAAAUAAUACUAAAGAAUGAAGAAAUGUCAAAUUUAAUGUUUGUGAUAGUUGUGUAGAUUAUUGGGAAGUAUUAUGAUUAUGCAAUGUUAAAUAUUUUUUACAUUGUUUCCGAAACAAAAAUAAAAUAUAAAUUAAUG